UGCACCACUCCUCCCCAUCCCCACACCCCCAACACUCACCAGGCACAACAUGCACCAGGCUGUAAGCCUUGCAGUUUCUAAAGCCUCGCUGGCCUUCAAGCACCAAAAUUACAUGCUGCCUUGUGGCUAGCCAUGGUAUCUACCCUGGAGAAAUUCAUUCAUUCUCUGGACCCCAGAGCCCUUCCGAGGGUCCUUCAGAUUCAGUCAGGCUUCUAUUUCGAAGGUUCCAUCUAUGAAAUGUUCGGAAAUGAAUGCUGCCUGUCAACAGGAGAAGUGAUUAAAGUUAUUGGCUUCAAAAUUAAUAAGCUCAUAGCAAGUAUCUGUGAGAAUAAUGAAGACAGCCAGUUUUCUGCCAAAGUGGAAUUACCGCUAAAUUUUCCUGGUCUUUAUAAGAUUGUGGCAGACAAAACACCAUAUGUCAGCGUUGAAGAAAUUACAAGAAAAGUCGCUAUUGGGCCAACAAGAUUUGGUCAUCCGUGUUUCUACAGCCCUGAGGAUAUAAAACUGGCAAACCUCACUAUCAAAAAGGGUGAGCAGAUCACCUUCAAUUCUGUGGAAGAGAUCAAUGGAACAAUGGCUGUGAGCUGUAUUAUGGUCAGAAACAACCGGUCUCAUUCCUUUAUUUUGCCCCUAUCACAAAAAGGAAAAUUCUACGAGUGUGAAGAUGACCAGCUAUACACCCUAAAAGAGAUUGCAGAAUGGAAAAUCCCUAAGUGCAGAAGCCGGAUUGUCAAACUUUCCAACGCUUUACAUAUGUGGAACUCCUCUAAUCCACUUCCUGAGAAUUUCGGUGGCUACUUGGUUCUCAUGCCUGUCUAUGAAGUGCAGGCACUAAUGAAAUUUCGUAAGGACGUAGUUCAUAUCCUCUCUGAUCUAGAUGUUGAGGUCAAGGAUAUAACAAACUGUUACGAUACUAGCUCUUUCCUUCAGCCACUGUCUUUGGAAGAUGUAUUUGAGAGAACGAGCAAGGAAUUUCCCAUGAUUGCUGAGAUAAUGGAUGGACUUUUAGGAAGCCAGAAACCUUAUAACUUAUUGCAUACAGGGAAAGAGAUUGUCAUCUAUAAAAAGUACCAGGCUACAAGAGUUAUAGCCUCUGAGAUCAGAAGCGAUUCCUCCAAAAGACAUUUUUUAAUCCCUAUGACCUAUAAAGGAAAGUUCAAGAGAAGACCUCGGGAGUUUCCAACUGCCUAUGACUUAGAGAUAGCAAGAAGUGAAAGGGAACAUCUUCAUGUUGUAGCGACUAAAGCCUUUGAUUCUCCUCAUACAGAGCUUUUUUCUGUUUCAGUUGGAGAUCAGUUUCUAGUUCAGCAGUGUCAGACUAGUGAAGUUCUUUAUGAGGGAAGAAAGAAAGUCAUAGAUGUUUUAGCUUGUGAACAAAUACUAAGUAAUGCAUACAAGAAAGUUCUUCUCCCUAUGUAUAUGGAAGGUGGCUUUGUGGAAGUGAUUCAUGACAAAAAGCAGUACCAGCUUUCUGAGAUUUGCAAAGAAUUUCAUUUGCCUUUUAAUGUCAAAGUGUCUGUGAGGGAUCUUUCCAUGAAAGAGGAUGUCUUGGCUGCUGUGCCUGGUCUGCAGCUUGAAGAAGAAAUCACAGACUCUUAUCUGCUGAUCAGUAGUGCCAGCAGUCCAAAGGAGAGCUGGGAAAUUCCUGUGUAUCGCUUAAACAUGUUGGUUCAUUUACUCAGCAAAGAUGUCAAGACAGUUGUACCUCCCAUGACUAGGACAACAGUGGAAGAGAUCAGUGAAGAGCAAUACUAUAUGGUACGAAGAUAUGAAAACCAAACCGUACUUCCACCCCCUAGACCUCCCAAAAAGCCAGCGAUACCUGCGCGACAGCCUGUUUUUGCAGUUUCUGAGCAAGAUGUAUCUGAUGUACUACAGGCUCCAAAGAAUUUCUGCGUAGACACCAAGAAGAAAUUGUGCUCAAAUCAAGAUGCUGAUGUUUUUGUUAGUUGCCAGAAUGAUUUGGUGCAUCGUGACAAUGAGAAGGACGCGACUGGGGAAGCAACAUUAGUGGAAAACCGUGUGAUUAAAGGUCUAACAAAUAAGACACUUAGAAAGUGUGAAGGUGAAAAGGAACAGAAAGAAGAGCACGACUAUGAGUAUGUGGAUGAAUACGUAAGGAAAGCAGUUCAAGAUGGCACAUUUUGCCAGUUGUAUCCUGGGCUGCAUCAGAAGAAACAUGGUCAGCAGUAUGAAGGAGGUGAUCCUGCCUCUCUGCUCUGCUCUGGUGAGACCUUGCCUGGAGUACUGCAUCCAGAUGUGGAGUCCUCAGUACAGGAGAGACACAGAUCUGUUGGAGUGCGUCCAGAGGAGUACCACAAAAAUGAUCCAAGGGAUGGAACAACUCUCCUACGAGGACAGGCUGAGAGAGCUGGGGUUGUUCGGCAAGGAGAAGAAAAGGCUCUGGAAAGACCUGAAAAUGGCCUUUCAGUAUCAAAAGGGGGGCUGUAAGAAAGAAGGGGUCAGACUCUCUAGCAGGAUCUGUUGUGAUAGGAUAAGGGGAAAUGGUUUCAAACUAAAAGAGGGGAGAUUUAUACUGAAUAUAAGUUAAAAAUUGUACUUAUGGUAAGGGUAGUAACGCAUUGAAACGGGUAUCCAGGGAUGUGGUGGAUGCUCUGUCCCUGGAGUCAGAAUAGACUGGGCUCUGAGCACCCUGAUCUUGCUGUACGUAUCCCUUAUAUUACUUUGCAGGGGGACCUUUAAAUGUUCCUUCCAAGUCAAAUGAUUCUACAAUUCCAAAUAUGGAUAGCCUCUGAAGAAAGAGUGUGGUUGUACUCUAUCAUCACAUAUUGAUGCAAACAAAUGUUGUCAGAGUGAUUUUCAUGUUUUCCAGUAACCACUAUCCUUCAAAAUGAGAAAAAGUUUUCUCUGAGAGCUACCAUCAUUGAUUGUUGCAUAUGUUCUGUGAAGAACGUGGGAAAGGCACACCUGAGUUAGACACAAUUACUUGUGACCCAAUGUUGCUCUUAGUGAUGCCACUUUGUCAAAGUGGUAUCUCUAGUUGUUCUGGUAAUAUAAGUGCAUAGGUGGAGCUAAAACCUUAAUUAGACCAACAAUGCAAAAAUACGUGAAAG